CCGGUGUCGUCGGCGAUUCACGCUAUUCACAGAGUUGUCGGGUAGUGUUUUUGACUGGUCGCGGCGUGUACAGCGUUGCACCUUACACGGUUCUUUUAUAGGUUAUAGCUAUAGGUUUUCUUGAUAUGCAGUGUCAUGUUAUUUUACUAUUUACAAGAAAUUUUACUUAAAACAUGCGUUGGAAAGAAGGGAGAAGUAUGAACCGUAAAACAUAAUGCCAUCCUCAAACUCCCUUAGUAUAGCUGUAAUAUGCUCAAGUAAUAUGAACCGAAGUAUGGAGGCUCAUGCUUUUCUUAGCAAAAAAGGUUUUAAUGUAAAAUCAUUUGGAACAGGUGAUAAAGUUAAAUUACCUGGCAAUGCUCCAGAUCGUCCAAAUGUAUAUGAUUUUGAUACAACAUAUGAAGAAAUUUAUAAUGAUUUAUUAUUGAAAGAUAAACAAUACUACACGCAAAAUGGCCUAUUAAACAUGCUGGAUCGUAAUCGUAGAAUUAAAGCUAAGCCAGAAAGGUUUCAGUUAUCAAAAGAUAAAUUUGAUAUUCUGAUAACUUGUGAAGAACGGGUAUAUGAUCAAGUAAUAGAAUGUAUGGAGUCACGGAAACAAGAAGAUAAUCAGCCUGCUCAUUUAAUAAAUAUUGAUAUUCAAGAUAAUCAUGAAGAAGCAACUGUUGGAUCUUUUCUAAUAUGGGAAUUGGUUUCAGUGUUGGCAAAUAGUGAUGAUCUUGAUAAUGACAUUGACGAACUUUUGCAUGAAUUUGAAUCGAAGUUUGAUAAGACAAUACUGCAUACAGUGUUGUUUUAUUGAAAAAAUAGUUUUAAAUGAUCAUACUGCUAAAAAGUGCAGAGAUCACAUUUUAUGUCUAAACAAUCAUACUAAAGACUGUAAAUCGAUGAAUUUUUGCUUCAACAAUAGUUGAAAGGUCAUAAAUGAAUGGAAACAUUAAUAAUACAUCGUUUUUAAGUGAUAGCUUAUUGAUAUUGUCAAGGAAAUUAAUUUAAAUCCAUGAUAAAUGAAGUUAAAUAAUUGUACAAAAUGCUCUAUUGUAAUAUACAAAAUGAAUUUUAAUUUCAUAUGUAUGUAUAUACAUUAUUUACAAAUGUAUUUACUUGCAUAUAUGUUAAAAAUGGUCUAUAAACAUGUGGAUGA